AUGGACGGAUUGGUUUCUUGGAGGUCAACAAGGGUUCCUGUCCUUGCCAAACACAAACCUUCUCCUCUCCAUCACAAUAAACCCAACAACUUCUCAAUCAGACCCUCAAUGAACCCGAACCCGCAUGCCGGAAGUCGCUCCGUUACCUCCAUUAAAGCUCAACAGGCUGAGGUUUCGAUAGUGAAUAAGGAAGAGGAGCUUAAAGUGAAGGAAUGGGAAGUGGGGAUGCUGAAAGAAGAGGUAGCUGCUAGCCAAGGUAUAAAAAUCAGGCGAAGGCCACCCUCUGGCCCACCUCUGCACUAUGUGGGACCCUUUGAAUUUAGGAUUCAGAAUGAAGGCAACACUCCUCGGAACAUCCUCGAGGAAAUUGUUUGGAACAAGGAUGUGGAAGUUUCACAAAUGAAGGAGAGAAAGCCACUUUCUUCGCUGAAGAAACAUCUUGAGAAUGCUCCUCCCACAAGGGAUUUUGUUGGAGCUCUUAGGGAAGCCAAUCGUCGAACGGGGUUUCCUGGUUUGAUUGCUGAAGUUAAGAAGGCCUCACCAAGUAGAGGAAUUUUGAGAGAGGAUUUUGAUCCUGUUGAAAUUGCCAAAGCUUAUGAGAAAGGAGGAGCUGCAUGUCUUAGUGUUUUGACAGAUGAAAAAUAUUUCAAGGGGAGCUUUGAAAAUUUGGAGGCAAUAAGGAACGCUGGAGUGAAGUGCCCUCUGCUUUGCAAAGAGUUUGUUGUAGAUGCAUGGCAGAUCUACUAUGCUCGGAUUAAAGGUGCAGACGCGAUUCUUUUAAUUGCUGGUGUUCUUCCUGAUCUUGACAUCCAAUACAUGAUUAAGAUAUGCAAGAUACUUGGUUUGACUGCACUUGUGGAGGUCCAUGAUGAGAGAGAAAUGGAUCGCGUACUUGCAAUAGAAGGGGUUGAACUUAUCGGCAUCAACAACCGUAACCUUGAAACAUUUGAGGUUGAUAUCAGUAACACACGGAAGCUUCUUGAAGGAGAGCAUGGUCAACUUAUCCGUCAAAAAGACAUAAUUGUCGUUGGGGAGUCUGGGCUAUUUACUCCUGAUGAUAUUGCUUACGUGCAAGAAGCUGGUGUCAAGGCAGUUUUGGUUGGGGAGUCAAUUGUGAAACAAAGUGAGCCUGGGAAGGGAAUAUCGGGACUUUUUGGUAAAGAUAUCUCCUUGUGA